AUGUUCAAAGUAGCCCCACCUUCGACUUCAAUACAGGCGUCUAUAUUUUGUACAGUCAGACAUGACUCGACAAUUCUGACUCUAAAGUUGUCCAGGAUUUUUACAUAUAAAAUUAAAAGCAUACAAAACAAAAAAAAAAAGCUAAAUAAUAAUGACAUUCUAGACAAAAGAUUGCUAGUUUUCAGCGAUCUUCUUGGUCGGCGACACAACCAAUAAUACAGCUUUAUUUUUUUUGGAACGUGCGAUAUUAGUGUGAAUGCAUCAUUGGAGAACCCAUAUAACGUAGAUACAACUGGUCGUUUGGGCGAUGGUAAAAAUUCUGGAGGUAUCUCCCGCUUGUUCUUCGUCAAUGACCCUGUGUAAAUUAAGCCUUUUUUGCGUAACUGAUGAAGCAGCUCUAUUGAGGCAUGUACAUUUUAAAAGAGCAUCGCCCUCGGAAACUGAUUAACAUUUCGUCGAUGCAUGUUGUUGGACCCAAAUUGAAG